AUGGGUCUUGCUGUCACUGUAUACUCCGCUGUCUUUCUGGCGACCGGAGGCUUUCUCUUCGGUUUCGACUCAGGAAUCAUCACAUCGACCAUUGCUCUGCCGACCUUCACGGAAUAUUUCAAUAAUCCCAAUGAUACUACCGUCGGCGGCAUCGUGUCGGCCUUCCAGGGCGGGGCUAUUGCAGGUACCAUCUUCAAUAUGUUGUUCGCGAAUAUGCUAGGUCGUCGCAUGACUAUCUUGAUCGGUGCCAUGGUUUCGGUUCUUGGUAGCUCUCUCCAGGCAGGUGCAGCUAACAUGGCUAUGUUGAUCGUCGGUCGGUUCAUUGGUGGUGUCGCAGUAGGGCAACUUACAUCGACCAUCCCCAUGUAUGCUGGAGAGCUUUCUGAAGCAAGACACCGCGGUAUCCUGUCUGGUUUGUUGCAGUGGAUGUUGAGUUGGGGCUUCUUCGUUGCUCAGUGGUUGGGUUAUGGAUGUUCCUUCAAUAACACCCAGUUUUCUUGGCGUUUCCCCCUCGCUUUCCAAAUUCUACCUGGUCUCAUCCUGAUGGGAGGUAUCUUCUUUCUCCAGGAAUCACCUCGUUGGCUUAUGGAGAAGGACCGUCACGAAGAAGCCAUGGCCUCUCUCAAGAAGCUUCGUACCGGGAUUGACGGGGAAACUAUUGAUCUCGAGUUCCGCGAGAUUCGGGACGUUAUCAUUGCUGACCGAGCACUCGGCAACAUCAACUGGCUAUCGAUCAUCACAAAGGCAUCCUGGCGUAAGCGCCUUCUUUUGGGCUGUGGUGUACAAGCUUUUGGUCCUCUCUCUGGCAUUAACGUAAUCAACUACUACGGCCCUCGGAUUUACAGCAUCCUUGGCAUAUCCACGCGCGAGUCGCUGAUGAUCAUCGGCAUCAGCGGUGCCCUCUCCAUCGUUUGGUGCUCCAUUGGUCUCGUCCUGGUUGACAAAGUGGGUCGCAUAAAGCCUUUAAUGGUCUCUGCAGCUGGUCUCGCGACUGCACUGCUUGUCAACGCUAUCCAAGGCCAAUAUCUCGACCCGAAUAACGGCGCUCAACUCCGCAGCAUGGUCGCAAUGAACUUCCUCUUCUCAUUUUUCUACACGCCCCUGGGAAUCAUCUCAUGGGUGUAUCCUGCCGAGAUCUUCCCAGUCGAGGUUCGCGCACUCGGGAACGCAGUCACAACCUUCACAAACUGGGCUAUCAACCUGAUCUUCGCGCAGUUUAGCCCUCAGGCGCUCAGCAGCCUCGAGUUCAAGUACUUCUACGUAUUCUUCGUGUUCAACAUCAUCGCGUUUUUGUGCUAUUGGUUCUUCUAUCCCGAGACCCGCGGAAAGACCCUCGAACAGAUGGACGAGCUCUUUGGCGAUCAGCUUGUGCCGCAUGCUUUGCAGGAUUCGGCGGCUGCGGAAGCGGCGAUGGAAAAGAAUGAGAAACUUCAUGCUGAGGUUCGUGGUGUAUCUGUCACUGCGUAGGUGAUGAGAAGAAGGGUGGAGUUUGAAAGAGAAUGUCAAGUCGAUACCCCACUGGAAGUAGGAG